AUGGAAAUAGAUUCGACAAUGGAUUUUUUAGCCUAUGAAGAUGGAACGCUACGUGAUGAACGUUACAGAAAUGUGGAUGUGGCUGAGGAGCCCAUUUGUAAGCCCAAAAAGGUUUACCACGAGGAGUCCAAAUUAACAGUUUCGGGUUUGCAUGGCGUUGAGGAAGUAGCGCAGCAGGAUGGAGUUCUGGGUUUUAUUUGCACUCCAAAAAGUGUUUAUUUUGAAAACAUUACUGUCGGUACAACAUAUACAGUGGUGGUUUCACUAACCAACUGCACAAAUCGUCCUGUGAGCUUUCGGGUUUUACCAAUAUCUAUGAAAUAUAGGGAUGUAUUACGCACUGACUAUGUUCUGCCACCGAAAAUCUCUACAGGGCUGUCAUGGAAAGUGAGGGUGAUAUUUACUCCUGGAGAAAAUGAAGAUUUGGAAACAGCAAUUGGUUUUCGAACGGAAGACGGUCUUUUCUUUGUCCCUGUAAAAGCUUACCGUAAACGAUCUUGCAUUUCAGUUGAUCCAGAAUGUCUUGAUUUUGGCGUUGUUAUUUUUGGUGAAAAAUCCACACGGGUAUUAACUUUGCGGAAUGAUGGGGCACUUGCCGCCAAGGUUUUUAUUUCAGGAUCUCUUAGAAAAUGGACUGAGGUGUUUCACAAGGAUCUUCAAAGUGAUAACUAUAUUCCUGUUUUGAGUAUUACACCUGUGGCAUACCAGCUGUUGGUGAAUCCGUUUUCUGCGUGUCAUCUAGAGGUGGCAUUUUCUCCAAACGAAGAAAUUACAAUGGAUGAGACAAUUGAACUUCGAUAUGAUUCGGACGGCAGAACACAUAUUAAGAGCGUUUCCGUCAAAGGUUCUGGAGGCUCGCUUCCUGUGUACAUUUCUUCGGCAUCGGAAAUAGAUUUCAAUUGGUGUUUUUACGAAAACACAUAUUGUGAAAAAAUAGUGAUAACCAAUGCCACAAAUGUGUCGGUAACUGUGAUUCCUGAAAUUUCAAGUACAUUAGCAUCCUCGGUGAUGUUUUCGCCAAAAACUGCAUGUAUUCAAGCGAAUGACACAUUUGAUCUUUAUAUAUUAUUUACACCUUCUCGAGGCAUGACACCCACGGUUUUUUCUGUUAUUAAAAUGACUGUGUCAGGGCAGGCAUCACCCAUCUCAGUUACGCUGAAGGCUCAGCUAACUGAACGAGGAUUUGCUUUAGAAACAAACAAAUUGAAUUUUGGUACUUCUGGUAUGAGAGAAGAAAUUAUUCUUCCCUUGAAAAUAAGGAAUAUCUCAGAUUUGCCGCAACGUUUGGGUUUCUUGAAACUUCCUGAAAAUGUACAUAUAAAACCUUUUCAAACUUUAACGUUAUUACCAAAAGAGGUGUUUGAGUUUAAAGUUGGAGUUAUAUCCCCUACAUUGGGACACUACACACAGGUAAUAAAAAUAACUAAUGAAUAUGGGGAUUCUCGUAGUGUGCAACUUACAGGAUGUGGUCGUAAAAACAGUUUGCGUUUUUUGAGGCCUUGUCUUAGCCUUCCGGCAUGUCCAUUAGGUGGAGAAAUGAACUGUACAACAUUGUUAGAAAACAUUGGCUCUGCACCCCAAAGUUUUUGUCUAAGUUUACCAAGCAAUGCAUUGAGAGUAUCUCCUUCAUCAGGAGUUAUUUCUCCUGGGAAAACGAUUGCAAUUGUUGUGAUAUUUAGGCCUCCAGAACCUCAUCCGGUACCUGUAGCUAUUGAAGAAAAUGUUUCUCGUUCAAUUGUUAAGGGCUCAUUGAAAAAGCGUAAGGAACGAGAAUGUUCAAAUGAAGUUGCAGGAUCUGUAGAUCAAAAUUUGGUCUCAUUAGACGCACUUUAUAUGGAUUGGGAAAGUAAUUCAAUAGGUGAAGAAUGGUGUAGAACAUCCACUUUCUUUGUGAAAUGUAAAGGCAACACAGAACGAGAAAAGUUUUUGAUUUUGCUUCAAGUUAAUUGUACAGUGGUGAAACCAAACUUGGUUGCACGAUGCCUUUCACGCGUUGUGCCAAAGUUGGUGGUUCAAAGGGAGUCAUCAAAGCGUAUUUCAAAAAAAAAUUUGCCUUUGAAAAAUAUAAUAGAAGAACCACCACUUGUUGGGGUAUCUUCGAGUGGUACAUGUCUUGAUAUUGAGUUUGGUGAGGUACCGCUAAAACAACUGAGUGAAAAAACAUGUUGUUUGCAAUACAUUGGCAAAGGUGUUAUUAAUUUACAGGUACGACCCAUUAAUACAUUAUCUCCAUUUCACAUAGUAAAAUUACCACCCGUGAAACUAUCUCAAAAUGAGGAAUGUGCUAUUGGUAUUAGAUUUAUUCCCACAGAGUACGGUAAUUUUAGGGAUACUAUCACUAUUACAUCUGCUACUGCAAAUGACAUUACACUUUUUUUAUCUGGCGUUUGUCGACCUGCAGAUUUGUUAAUUACUAGAGAGAGUAAUAUUUCAGGGGACCGACCUCAGUCUGUUGAUCAAUUUUUGUUUGAUACUGUGCUUGCUGGACAAGAAAACUGUCAAUCAUUGUAUCUGCAUAAUUUGACUUCGUUGCCUGUUAAGGUAACCGCCAAGCUUUUUUCUCCUGAGGGCGAGGAACUUAAGUGGCCCGAGGCACAUUCUUUUAUUAUUGAAUCGGAUCAAUUUUCAAUUCCUGCUAAUUGUAAGGUGACUACUAGACUUAUUUUUUGCCCUCGAGUAGUGGGAUCCUUGUGCGCCAGUCUUCAUCUGAAUGCAGGUGUGUAUCACCAUACAAUUCUUCUUAAAGGAAGAGCGUCUGAAAAAUCAGUUUUUUUUACUUUUCCAGAGCAAACAACACAAAUGGCAGAAAAUUCUUCUGUGUUGUGUACGGGCCUGCAAUCCGACAUGUUUCCAGUCGAAGGCUCCUAUGCUGCUUAUCCAAUUCAAAUUUUGUGCGCUCCAGAAGAAAGAAGAACCAUAAUAGUUGGUGGUGUCAAACUAGGUGCACAUUUUGAAUGUACUGUUACUGGUUGGAGUGAAUCGUACCUUGAAAACGGGUGGAAAUUAGAUCCCAUGAAGGUCAGUGUUCCAUCGGGGGGUCAAGCUAUAUUUUCAUUGUCAUACAAUCCAAAGCGAGAAAUCGGCGAUGUUUCCUUUUGUACUUUUUCCUUCAUUACUAAAUCUUCUGAGGCUCUGGCUGAAACCAAAUGUCACGUCCGAUGUACAGGAACAAUGAAGCCCUGA